AUGGCUUUCUCAGCAGCAAAAAUUUUGUCUGAAUAUCCCCAAAGCACAAUUUUUAUAAUUACUGACCGCCAAGAAUUAGACCGGCAGCUUUACGGAUUUUUUACGGAAUUUCCCUCUCUGCUAAAUCCUGAAAACAUUAUUCCAGUUGCUAAGGUUCGCGAGUUAACAGCUAUUUUACAAAAACCCAAUCAGGGCAAAAUUAUAUUCAUCAUUCUUCAUAAGUUUCGUCCCCAAAAAUUCCAGGAUUGGUUAAGUAAAGGCGGAAAGGAAUUUAGGAAUUCUCAUGGUGUUUUUGUUUUUGUUGAUGAGGCUCAUCGCUCACAAAAUUUGAAAAUUCGGCCCGAGAAGCCCGAGAAGUCCACCUACGCUGAAUUUGGUUCUUCCCUUGAACCUCUUCACAGCUAUUCUACCAAAGAAGCCCAAGCCGACCAGGUAAUUGUCAACAACAUGUACUAUGAACCCUAUCGUCUUCGCCCCACUAAUGAUUUAAGACAAAUGAUUGUUAAAAUAAAAAGAGACUAUGAAGAGUUGAGCAAAAAAAUAUCUAAUCCCAAGUUCUUAGUCACUUUAAGUAGCCAGAAAGAGGCUAAACAAUUUUACGAACUGUUCUGCCAAGAAGAGAAAUACCAAGAAGUUGCUUGUUUAAUAAUUUCAGAAGCCCCAAAUAACCAAGAAACGAUUAGUAAAUUUAAGAACAAUAAUUUACCCAACAUCGCUGUCGUG